GAGUCCGGGACGCUUCGAAGGCACUUGCCGGGAGGUCAAACGGCACUUCGGGCUAUGAGAAGGGAGCUCCCAACAGCUUUCUGUCCGCCCAGGAGGCCGAAAGUCGUAUCGAGACGGAGGCCUCGCGGCUCUCGCAGUGCCAGGGCGCCAGC